AUGUCCACCGCUGGCACACUCCCACCCCCUCCCGACGGUGGAUUUCACGCCUGGGCCCAAGUAGUCUCCGGCCACUUAGUGGUUGCGGUAACAUGGGGCUAUGCAGCCAGCUUCGGCGUCUUCCAAGACCAUUAUGAAGUCACUCUACCGCAAACCUCGUCCGAUAUUUCGUGGAUCGGUGGCUUCCAGGUCUUCUGUCUCCUAUUCAUGUCCCCUCUCUCCGGGCGCGCGACGGAUGCCGGACAAGCUCGGCUUGUCGUCGGCAUUGGCGCAUUUUUGUUGUUACUUGGAACCUUCAUGACCAGCCUAGCAAGGGUCUAUUGGCAACUAUUUCUCUCCCAGGGGCUCUGCAUUGGUAUCGGCCAGGGAGUUAUGUGGUUGCCUAGUGUGACUCUCGUUUCCACGUACUUUGUCCGACGCCGUGUGUUCGCCGUCACGGCUGCUGCCACCGGAACCAGCACAGGGGGGAUUAUCUUUCCAGCUAUGAUCCAGUUCCUGUCUCCAAGGAUAGUCGUCUUUGUCAUGCUCUUGAUUAUCCUUGCCCUACUACGCCCUCGACUGCCUCCACGCAAGUCUGGUCCCCUGAUUGAAUGGGGGGCAUUCACCGAGCCAGCUUAUAUGCUUUUCACCUUUGGGGUUUUUCUCCUCUACUGGACCCUCUAUUUCGCGUUCUUCUAUAUCCAAGUUUACGCGACCGACCGACUAGGUCUUUCCGCCCGCGCAGGCGUCAAUCUAGUUAUCGUGAUCAAUGCACUCGGAAUUCCAAUCCGGGCACCUUGUGGAUAUCUCGCGGAUCGGUACCUAGGGCCACUGAACUGCUUGAUCCCGUGGGUCAGCAUAUGCGGGGUUUUGAUGUUCUGUUGGGCGGGCGUUCACAAUGUCGCUGGCUUGUAUAUCUUCGCGGUGUUUUAUGGUCUUGCUUCCGCGGCAGCCAUGGGUCUUUUUGCUGGCACGGUGCCAUCUUUGACGAAGGACCUGGAUAAGAUAGGCACUCGGGUGGGAAUGGCACUUGCCAUGAUCAGCUUCGGGCCCUUGACGGGACCUUCGGUGGCGGGCGCUUUGAUUGCGCAGUCUGAGCAUGAUAGUUAUUUACCCGCCCAACUCUGGGCUGGAGCUGCUUUGAUGGUUGGGGCGUUGGCUUUAGUGGGGGCUCGAAUUGUUAUCACUGGUCCGCAUCUUCUAAUUAAGGUUUAA